AUGGUGUUCUGCCUCUUGCUCCUCGUGGCAACAGUCUGUGCCUCGACGAGAGCGAACCUCCGAGCGCGGCAUUAUGACCUUCAAAGCUACGAGCUCGUGAUGUGCGCUCAAGCAUACAGUAUCGUCAUUGUCAUGCGUGAGCGCGACGAUCUGCCAGGCACUUAUCUCUGGAUCAGGCAUGAUCAGCUGUCAGGCAGGGUCGUGUUCGAAGAUGGCUCGGAGCGCGGGGUGAUAGCAGAACUCACCCUGACACCGGAUGACUACACAGACCAUAGACUCUGCCAGCCACAUAAGCAAGCACCAACAGACGCUCGUUGCAACCCUGCUGCCAUCGGACAUCCAAAGGAGGUGACCUGGUGCACUCCCGGCUUCGAAUGGGCUGUCAAAGCAGCCACGCCGUACGAAGAGGACAAAUACACGUACACCGUCUUAAUCACCGCGCGAUGCCAAGCGAGCCGGGAUGUAACGAUGUCGAGGGUCUUUGUACAAGCACCUGCUGUCGGUGAACCGCCGCUCGUGCUGUCCUUUGACCUCGACGAGCCCGACGAGGUUGGCCGGCGCAGUGUUCAUCCCGUCAGCAAAUCCCGCAAGUCCGUGUUUGAACUGAUUCGAACCAGAUCUACGCAGGCUACAGAGAGCGUGACAGGUAGAUUCCAGCUUGACGUCGUCGACAGAGACGCAGAAGGCACUCGUUUCGCUCUAUACGAGCUCGAGACCAACAUCAUGCCCGAAACGAUCCACUGCGGGGAGUGGCGCAAAUGCUGCUCAGCCCGUUCAUCGAUCAAGUUCUAUAUCAGAUCAGACGAUGGUAAUCUUACGGUCCAAGAGAGUAGCACACAGCUUCACUGCGAAAAUGGGCCCUGGACACCGCAAUACCGAUCUUGCAGUGUGGCAACAGCCCGACUUCUCCAGCCCAAACCACUGACGGAAUGCGUGGCCCAUUCUGAACCGAUGAGACCCUAUCAGGCUUCUUCGCCCGACGAGGCGCGGAUGCCAUCAAGCAGCAAUCCCAGUGAGCUCGUCAGCGCCUCGACGCGCCGUCAAAGAGUACAGCUCAGCGAAGAGACGACGCCGACGAAGCGGCAUCGUUCCAUGCUCUCCACAGGCACGCUGUCGCCCUCGGACACAGUGAUCGAGGAUGAAGUCAACGUGCAAGAGUCUAGACCUAUCGCGAGCGUGCCGGUAGCGAUCCAAUUGAUCCAUACUGCUACAUGUCACCUUAAAGCAGCUCAGCGGCUGGCUCCUUUGCUCGCGAGACGGCCCGAGUUCAUCGAGCCGUUCGUUCGAGAGAGCAAGCAGAGGCCUGGCAGAAGCACAAGAGCGUAUGCAGAGCUCGUCAUGCGCCACCGUCGCUUCGUCCAUGCAGCCGUGGUCUACUUGCGCCACUGCAUCGCGCUUGCUUCUGACCGACGGACGGUUUCCAUCGAACUGGAGCUCGUAGCCCGUGCUUUGUUGGCCGAUACGCUGCUCACAGAGACACAAGAUACAUCUGAAGCGAGCGAGAUCACGACCAAGGGCCUCACGCUUGCGCAGAGAAGUCCAGACUAUCUCGAAUUUCGCUGUCGAUUCUACGACCUUCAGUAUCGCAUCGCCAUUGCGCAAAAUCAGCACCGUUUCGCAGAGACGACUCUCCAGCGCGCGAUCACAAUGCUCAAAAGAUCCGACAAGCCUCCGCCGCACUAUCUCUACCAUUUCAUGUUUCGCAAGAGCAACAACAGCAAUAGCCUAGCAUUACGCAAUCUGCGCGAGAUUGAGACACUUGCCAGAUCGAGAGACGAUACGGGUGUCGUUAGCGCUGCCCAGCUUCAGAUGGCCACAUUGGCUGCUCGUCUGCUCGAUGCAAAACUUCUCGACUCUACUCUUGUCCAAUUGCUCGGGCCAGAAGGACAAGAAGUAGACUCAGAUAGUCAAGGCAUGAUCGACAUUGCUGCUUCGAUGCUGCGAGCGCUUCAUCAGACGCGCACGCAUGCAGACAUCAAGCCUGCUAAAUCAACGCUCAAGCGUGUUCAUGCUAUGCUUGACGCCACCGAAGCCACAGAGAACGAGACAAAGAUCGAGAUCCUCGCCUCGCUCAACGUAACCUUGCCACCCUAUUCUGCCAUCUACGCCUAUGCUUUCCUGGUCAGCAUGGCAGUACAUCGUGAUCCAAUCGGCAAGACGCCGAGGAGUCUGCUGUACGCCGAGGAAGGCCUGAGCUGUGCAGAUGCUCGUCUCGAAGGAUCGCCAGAUUCGCUGCCAAGCUCUUGCUCGAGUGUCGAUAUCAUCGCUGGCUUUGAAGAGGCUGCGAAACUCAAAAGGGAUGUGCUUACGCUAAGCUUCGAAACACAUCUGGCUCGUGGCGAUCUAGCAAAAGCUACUUCAAUUCUCACGGAACUUAUCGAUCAUUGCGAAAGAUUCCAUAGAUUGCCCGAGUCAUAUCAAAGACUCGCUCUUCUGCUAGGCAUGCUCGAUCACGCCAGAGGCGAUCUUACUCACGCACUACCGGUAAUGCAAGUAGCUAGCACUGGCAACUCGCCCGAAGCCCACACGGCUAAGCUCUCGCUGCAACUGCUUGAGACUGGGGCCAGCAUGAUUUCGGUGCAUGACUCCACACCCGGCAUGCGAGCCGCGUCUUUGAUCGUUCAGGCCGUCAAGUGUCGUCAGCUCGUACAAACAAAACGAUAUUUGAGCUCGGCACUGCAGAUCAGUAAUGAUGCCUCGAUGAACUACCUCAAGCCUCUCAUCCUGGCAUUGCUCGCGAACCUCUUCGCUCACACGCGCUCGGACCAAGCAAAUAAAAUGGUCUCAAUGUCCCAGAGUCUCGCAGUAGGUUUGGCAGCAAACAAGACGGCAGAGCAUCCAACGCACAAUGUCAAGCUUUUCGAUUGGUUGGCCGCCCAACAGAGCAAGCUUGCAACGACUACGAAUACAGAGAAUUAA